CCCCCCUUCUAGCCGGGCUCAUCCCCCUUCUAGCCAACCCCACCCCCCUUAUAGCCAGCCCCACCCCCCUUCUAGCCAACCCCAUCCCCUCAGCCGUCCUGAGCCCCCGCCAGGUCGCCUCCCGAGCCGCCCCCACUUCCAGAGGCUCGAGACGGGGCGAAAGGGCCUCAAGAAAGCGAACCAGAAGCCUCGAAAGGUUGCGGCGCAGGAUGCGACUAGUCUGCUCGUAGCGCCGGAGCAGUCGUCGGACAACGAGGUGUACAGUCCCCCAGCCCCCAAAAGCAAGGACAGAUGGGGGGAAGAGUUCUGCAAAGUCUCCUACUGUGGUAUCAUGCCCUCGGUGAAGUGGCAACACUGCUGUGACAACUUCGGCCAGUGCUGUGUGUAUCUUCUGCUGGCGAAACCCAAGGACCUUAAAAGUCCAUUUGCUUUCCAAGAGAUAGCAACAGUUACUCAACCCAAGAGGAAGUUCGAAUACGGCUUCUCACACCGCCCACAACACACCCCGGGCUCUUCCAGGGCUCAAGACAACAGGCUGAAGACGUUCCUGUAUUCCCCGCAAGAAAUUCCGGUACAGACGGCCCCGAGCACUCCUAAGGCGGCGAUCAAACACGUCACGACAAGUUCCGGACCUGUCUGGUCAAGCAGCCGUUCAGACCCCAGAGACAGGCUUCGUAUUACAACGAGGUCUAUGCGACGGAGGGAGACAAGUGGGGCCGCGAAUACUGCAGGACCUCCUAUUGCUCUAUCAUGCCUUCCUCCAAGUGGGCCCACUGCUGCGACAACUACAGGAAGUGCUGUGCUUACGUCCACCACACGCAGGACAAGGACAUGAAAAAUCCCUUUGCUUACGAGGAGAUUUCGAUUUUUAGCAUCCCGUUGAGGCCGCCAAGAAUUCGCCCCAUACACCGAGCGAGCGCCAAGGAGGUGCAGGCCGACGAACCGCAGGCGAGCACCCACCGACCCACGGCCACAGACCA